AUGGAAAUUUGUAAAAUUGCGCGAAUAACAUUCCAAGAUAAGGAGAUACAAUAUGCGGGAGAAUGGUUUAAAAUAUUGGAUUGCAUGUUACCAAACAAAAACCAUGUUUGUGAUAUAGUUCAGAUUAUUGAGGAAACAAAGAUGCUUCCGUUUGACUUAAAGUUCGUGAAAGACGAAGAUGACACAACUAGUUUAAUGUUGUGUUAUACUGGCCCGUCUCGUUCAAUGAAACAGGAUGCAACUGUGUUUAACAAAAUACUGCCAAUUGUAUUUAAAAAUUAUGAAGAUCCUUUAUCUGCCACUAUAAAACAAGCUGUGAUACAGGCAAAUGUCUAUGAUGAAGAAAAUAAGAAUUCACUUUUAAAAAAAUAUGUUACAACGAAAUUAUAUGAUUUGCUUUAUAAGCAACAUGAGCGCUGUGCUAGUGAUUGGGAGUCCAUACCCUUCACUUUACCAGACAGUUUUCAAUCAAAGCUUUGUAAUUAUCAAGAAAAAACUGUUGGUUGGUUAUUGGAAAAAGAACGAGUAAUUUCAGUAGCGCCGUCAUUUUAUAAAAAGUUAAUUGCAAUUGACGGCAUGCACAUUAUUUAUAAACAUAAAUAUUGCAGCUAUUUGAUGUCUGAAGAAUCAUCUCCUAUAGUUGUACCAAUGGGAGGAAUCUUAGCAGACGAAAUGGGUUUAGGAAAAACAGUUGAAAUUUUAGCUCUUAUACUGCUUAAUCCCCGACAAGAAUUUACUAUACCUCAGAAUAUAGAUGAUGAUACACUUUCGUCCGAUGAUGAAAUACUUGCGAAUUAUGGGAAGCGUGCGCGAUAUAAAUCUGAAUUGCUUUGUGUUUGUGUUUCAAAAAAAACUAAAAACCUAAUAAGGUGCACAAAAUGUUUUAAAUCACAACACAGGAAAUGCGUGUCCACAUAUGAUGAGGACCAUAGUGCCAAUGUAAAUGAACCAUAUAUGUGCCCCGCUUGCUGGCAGCAGGAAACCAAAACUAAUUUGAUUGAAUCGGGUGCAACUGUUAUAGUUUCACCAACCACGAUAAAAAUGCAAUGGUAUGCUGAAAUAAAGAAACAUAUACAGCCUUCAUUACGAGUGCUUGUAUAUAAAGGGAUUUCAUCUGGUUCUUGGAUAUCCCCACGUCAGAUGGCAAACUACGACAUUGUCCUGACAGAUUAUAAUGUUUUAAGAAGCGAAGUGUAUCAUACAUCAGAAUAUGAAACGCAGCGCGUAACUCGAAAUAAACGUGUUUCAUUAAGACUGUCAACACCUUUAUUAAUGGUACAAUGGUGGCGUGUAUGUUUGGAUGAAGCACAAAUGGUUGAAUCUAACCAAUCGAAGAUUGCUGCUUUGGCUCGCAUAUUACCAGCAAUUAAUCGCUGGGCCGUAAGCGGAACUCCUAUACAACGUUCUAUCGAUGAUAUUUGUUCCUUAUUGCAGUUUAUAGGGUUCAAAGAACUAUGUGAACCUGUUGAUAUUUGGAAUAAUUUAGUGCAUAAUUUUGUGAUCUCAUUUGAAGAGUCAGAAAAAGUGCUUGAACUUGUCAAAGUUCUUCAGUUGUGCAUGUGGCGGACUUGUAAAUCGAAUGUAGAGAAAGAAAUUAACAUACCAGAACAAACAGAGACGAUCCAUCGUAUAGAUUUAGAUAACCUAGAAAAAUUGUUUUAUACAGAACAACAUUCCGAAUGUAAAAAUAACUUUGAUCACAACGUUUACAAAUACAUCAAUAGCAAUGCGUGUGUCCUAACAAUUUCACCACAGAUCUUGACACAAAUCUUAAAACCUCUCCUGAAAAUACGACAAAGUUGCAUUAUUCCAGUGGUUAUUGGUAACAAACCUAAAACUAGUGGCCAAACAUUACAAAAGCAGUUUAUGAAUCCUAAUGAAUUACAUUCUCAUUUAAAGACAACGAAUGAAAAUGAUUGCAAAGCUCAACUGCGUACGAUGGCAUCGUCUUACAAUGGCAUGGCUGCAAUUAAUUUUAUAAGAGGAGAUUAUAAGGAAGCUAUACGAUUUUAUAAUGCUGUACUUAAGCUGGCACGUGAUUAUAAUGAAAAACCCAUUUACGUUGACAGUCUUCUACAAAUUCAUGCUUUGCAUAACAUGUUGCAAGCUAUGGAUUGCUCAGGAACUCGUACUACAAUUGUUGAAGAUUAUGAGGCUGAAAAAAAUGCAUUAGAGUGGAAAUAUAUUCAGCAAUAUGUGAGUGUAAUGUGA